CGAGGAAACAUCCUUAGAUAUAAUAUACAUGGCAGAAUUCACAAUAGGGGUGCAGGAGUUUUAUACAUUAUUGCUCAUGGCUUUAUGCGUGAUGUCUUGUACGGCAGAUAAACCAUGGUGUAAGGGCACUGUAUGGAAGGAGAAGGAUAUUGAAAAUUUGGCGCUCGGAAAACCUGCCUCGCAAUCAAAAUCCACGACAUUGAAUGCUGGUCUUGCUGUCGAUGGUGUAGAGGAUGGCGAAUACUACCAUGGCUCAUGCACCCAUACUCACAUGACGAGCGGCAAUUGGUGGAUGGUUGACUUGCAGGAUAUUUAUCCCAUUGGAUCCGUCAAGCUGAUAAACAGGAAAUGUGGCGAAAGCAAUUGUAGAAGUCCUCAGUACGCUACGUAUGAUGUAGAAGAUCAUCUUUCAAAUUUUAAAAUCAAAGUCAGCAAAGACUCUAAAAAGUGGGAGCUAUGUACUUACUUCAGAAGUACAAUGGAAUCUUGUAAAAAAGGCUGUCAGAUGUUUUACUGUCCAAGUGGAUUGAAAGGGCGCUACGUCAAGGUUCAGUUGCAAGAAAUGAACUUUCUCUCACUCUGUGAAGUUGCUGUUUUUCGACCAUCAAAAAUUCAGAAUUUGGCGCUUGAAAAGCCUGCCUCCCAAUCAAAAUCGACGGCAUUGGAUGCUGGUCUUGCUGUCGAUGGUGUAGAGGAUGGCGAAUACUACCAUGGCUCAUGCACGCAUACUUGGCAGACAAGUGACAUUUGGUGGAUGGUUGACUUGCAGGAUGUCUAUCCCAUUGGAUCUGUCAAGCUCAUAAACAGAUAAUGUGGUGAAGAGAAUUGUGGCAGUGCCCCGGGCUCUCCUAAAAUUGAAGAUGAACUUUCGAAUUUCAAAAUAAAAGUCAGCAAAGACUCUAAAAAGUGGGAGUUAUGUACUCACUUCAGAAGUACACUGGAACCAUGUAAAAAUGGUUGCCAGAUGUUCUACUGCCCUAGUGGACUGAGGGGGCGCUACGUUAAGGUUCAAUUGCUAGACUGGAAUUACCUCUCCCUCUGUGAAGUUGCUGUUUUUAAACCAUCAAAAUUGAACAAUCUUGCACUUGAUAAAGUUGCAACACAAUCAUCGAUUGAUCACAGUAUUAGUACAUCUGCGGCCGCUGCAAUUGAUGGAAAUGUAGAUGGCGACGUUGAACACCUCUCCUGUAUUCAAACCAGAAGUGAGAG